AUGGACCAUAGUAAACCAUGUUAUUUUUUGUUCCCAUUGCUUGUCACAUUGACAUGCAUCAUAGGACCAUCAUGGGGACAAACGGAGGCCGAGAUACUACUCGAGUUCAAAACCUCUUUAGCCAAUUACGGCUCUCAGCUAGACGAUUGGAAUGCCUCGGGUCCAGGUCCAUGCACCGGUGACAAUACGAACUGGACCGGCGUACGCUGCAGCAACGGUUCGGUCUUUGGGCUGAAGCUCGAAAAUAUGGGUCUAAAGGGUGCAAUCGACAUAGACACACUAAUGGGGUUGCCACUUUUGCGUACCCUGAGCUUUAUGAACAACAGCUUCGUUGGUCCAUUCCCUCAAGUGAACAAGCUUGUUUGUUUGAGAGUCUUAUAUUUGGCAAACAAUAGUUUCUCCGGUGAGAUACGUGACGACGGUUUUGCGGGCAUGAACGCAUUGCAAAAGUUUUUUCUCGGAUGGAAUAACUUAUCCGGUCCGAUUCCGGGAUCGUUGGCGACAUUGCCGAAAUUGUUGCAGUUGAGCCUUGAGUGGAAUCAUUUUGAAGGGCGGAUACCGGAUUUCCAACAGGAUAAUUUGAAAUUUGUUAAUCUAGCUCAUAACAACCUCGAUGGUCCGAUACCAUAUAGAUUGAGCAACAUGAACCCGAACUUUUUUGCAGGAAACAACCUAUGCGGAAAACCACUGGCCCAAUGCAAAUCCUCAAGAAAGAAGCGAACCAUCAUAAUAAUCAUCGUGGUAAGCGGCUCAUUGGUCGUCUUAGCUCUCAUCGCAGCCGUUUCCUACAUCCUCGAAGAUCCAACCAUAGCAUCCCAAUUCAAAAAACCAGAAAACAACGUAAAAUUGGGGAACAUCAGUGAAGACAAAUCAGCCAAUUAUUACAAAAAAUCAGACGAAAAUAUGAAGCUGCAUUUCGUGAGGAACAAAAGGGAGAGGUUCGAGUUGCAGGACUUGCUCCGGGCCUCGGCUGAGGUACUCGGAGGAGGGAGCUUUGGGUCGACUUACAAAGCUGUGGUUUCGAACGGGCGAGCCAUGGUGGUGAAGAGAUUCAAGCAAAUGAAUAAUGUGGGGAAAGAGGAGUUUGUUGAGCACAUGGCUAGACUAGGAAGAUUGCACCACCCUAACGUGCUUCCCCUUGUGGCGUUCUAUUAUAGAAGAGAAGAGAAGCUUUUGGUCUCUGAUUUUGCUCCCAAUGGAAGCCUGGCUACUCAUCUUCAUUCUAGGCGUGGUCCAGGACAAGCAGGGCUUGAUUGGCCAACUAGAUUGAAGGUCAUCAAAGGAGUAGCAAAGGGUUUGGCUUACCUUUACAACCAACUCUCCAACCUCACACUACCCCAUGGCCAUCUCAAAUCCUCCAAUGUGCUCUUAAACCAUACAUUUGACCCCCUUAUAUCGGACUACGGCCUAACCGCCGUCGUCAACAAACAACAAGCCCAACAAUUCAUGGUGGCAUACAAAUCACCCGAAUUCUCCCAAUACGACCGAACGACACGGAAGACCGACGUAUGGAGCCUCGGAAUACUCAUCCUUGAACUACUAACAGGUAAGUUCCCGGCCAACUACUUGACACAGGGCAAAGCAAGCAAUGCGGAUUUGGCUACGUGGGUGAACUCGGUCGUGCGAGAAGAAUGGACCGGCGAGGUAUUCGACAAGGACAUGAACGGAACAAAAAACGGGGAAGGCGAGAUGCUGAAGCUGUUGAAGAUUGGAAUGUGUUGCUGUGAAUGGAAUGUUGAGAGGAGAUGGGAACUGAAAGAGGCUUUGGAGAAGAUUGAAGAGUUGAAGGAGAGGGAUAGUGAUAGUGAUCAUGUUGGAGACUAUUCUUCCUACGGCAGCGAAGGGGAGGCGUGAACGUCUCAAGCAGUUACAGAAGAGGGUUCUGCAUCCUCGAUUCAGGGUUGA